CUGUGUACUUUACGUACAUGAACCUUUGGGCGUUUUCGAGGUUUCACUUCAAGUCAUAAUGGAUUUUUUCUCAGAAGUGCCUUCACCAUCCCCCGAUCGGAGCAGUCACAGUAUUGCGCAUGAAGAUUUACAGAUGACAGAAGACACAGACGAUGAUUUAUUAAGAGGGGCGUCUUCAAGUGGAAGCAUGGCCGAGCUUCAAGGGCAGUGUAGCAGGUACAGAAUCACCUGCAGCUCUAAAAUAGAGGUCAUCAGCAGGACGGUGCAGGAACUGGUGCAGCAGAUUAACAGCAGCCGCGCUAGCAAUGAGAAGGUGAUGGAUGAUUUUCAGGAGAAGCUAGUGGCAAAGGUGACAGAGAAGUGCCAGCUGUUGAAGGAGCGCAUGUACAUGGUCUAUGAAAACAAUAGUAAUGAGAUGGAGGUAAAAAUGCAGGAGCUGUACGAGGUGCUUGAGCGCUGCACUAAGAUCAACAACGAGCUUCUGGAGGCCAACCGGGCCCUGGCUAGUCUGAGAGAGGGUCUGCCCAUUGGCCCGACAUCACAAUCCCCAUGAGCUAGUUUCCUGUUUUGAUGUUCAUAUUAAUUUGAACUUGACUGUUUUCAAGAGUCUGCCACUGUUGUGUUGUUCACUACACAGAUGUUUCCUUUGACAGUAAGAUUACUCACUGUAUGUUCCACUUUUUUUCUGCCUUCUUUUUCCAAGAAGCAUCUUGGAACAUUAGGUCAUUUUACAGUUCACAACUCAGCUAUGGGAAAAAAUAUAUAUAAACGCAAAAUCCAUGUUUUAUUUAAAUGCACAAAAGUCAUUCUGGGUUGAUUCGGUGAAAUAAAUCUGCAACAGCCAAACCAAA